AUGGCCGACAAGGGUGAUGUCUCUAGUGUUGCGAAUUCAACCUCUGACCCAACUCCUGUUCCAUCGAAGAUGGUCACGCCUCAGCGGAGCGCGCAAUUCGCCAACAUCCAAUCGCUUUAUGCUGAGAAUAAGGAACCUCCUGCAACUCCAACUUCUCCCUCAGAUGGUGGCGGUGAGGCCCCAAAGCGCUUUCAAUGUCCUCACUGUGCGCGCGCUUUUGCUCGGGCAUUCAACUUGAAUACACACAUUGCGACGCACGAUCCCGACCCAAAGAGGUCGAAGCCUUACACGUGUCCCUAUCCAGCGUGCAUCGCGCUGGGGGGCAGAAGCUUCAGCAGGAAACACGACUUGCAGAGGCAUGUGGCUGGCACGCACGAAUCUGAUCCUGAGCCCGAAAUCAACAAGGACGGAAGAUCUGGCGGUCUGGCUAG